UGGGUCAUCCCAUGGUCCUCGUGGUCCUAUUGGCCGUUUCCCUUGGGGCCACAGCUGGCGACAGAGAGGAUGUGGAGAUGUUACAGAUACAAAGCAGGCCCCGCCGCAUGCCUGUGAUUGUCGACACUGACAUGGAUACGGAUGACCAGAUGGCACUGGCGUUUUUGCUGGGAGAACCCUCCAUUGAAGUGAAAGCCAUCACAACCCUUGCAGAUGGCUGGUCGAAUCAGUGGUCUGGGGUGCAGAAUGCCAUGCGCCUUACUCAAGCCUGGGGUCAGCCAGACAUUCCUGUGGCAUAUUCGACGAGGUACAAUGGCGACACACAGCUCAACAUGAUGCAGCCGAAUGACCUGCCGAAUCCUACCCUGCUGACUGGCAUAGGCAACUUCCUCAGCGAGUUCGUGCCGCUGCCCUUCAAUGUACGUCCUCCAAGUUGGAUGUAUGCCAGCAGACUCAUUCGCGAGACUCUUCGCAAGUCUGAGCACAAGGUGGAUAUCAUUGAGCUGGGACCCCUUACAAACCUGGCACAAGUACUGCAAGAGGAACCGGAGCUGUUUCGGAAGAAGGUCCGUCGCCUCUACAUGUCCGGUGGCCUUAUCGUCAAACGCCGCGAGGAGGGCACCAGCGAGGUUUGGCCCUACUCCUCUGGGCCCGACGGCACAUCCUUCACAGGCAAACCGCCAGGUACUUCGUGGAACAUCUUCAGUGACCCCAUCGCGGCAAACAGCGUGUUCUCCUUUGGGGUGCCUCUGGUGAUUGGCUCCAGCGAGUAUGAAGAUGAGAACCAAUUUUCCACGAAUGACACCAGUUUCAUCCCAUCAUCGUGUCCCCUGAAAACCGCAGAGUUUCUGCGGCGCGCCAUCACGAUGCUACCAGUGGCCAACAACGAGUCAGAGAGUGAGUUGAGGUACUGGGAUGAAUCCCUGGCAGUUCUUGCGAUUCAAAUGAUCCGACACCAUGGUCGUAAAGAUGCGGCCGUGUGCAAGAAGUGGGAGAGGAAACGCUUCGCCGUGAUGAUGGAAGCGGGUAACGACCCCAAUGUCUCGGGCGGGCGUUAUUCCCGGCUGCUGGAGAACCCUUUCGGACAGCGGGCCGUGCAGUGUGUUGAGUCCAAUGAGACGGAGUUCAAAACGGCCUACUAUUCAGGCAUUUGUGGCAUCUACUAUGAGUCACCUGCGAACCAGCGACAUUAUUGGUAGGGGCCCGCAAGAGGGGAAGCUCCGGAUGGGAUUACCACGUUUUUUGGGUUGGAAAUGGCAAAACAUGCCGACUGCCAACCUGUGAUGAUCCAUGAUCCAUUCACACUGCUCUGGAUCCAUGUUUGAA